AUGCCGGCUUCACGUCCCGUUCGCACGGCAGUUAUAGGACUGUCGUCCUCCGCUGUCACUUCAUGGGCGGCGGCUGCACAUUUACCAGUCCUUGUCGGUGCCCGCAACCGGGACCUUUUCCAAAUCACAGCUCUCUGCAACAGCAGCGUCGACGCUGCAAAAUCAGCGAUUGCACAAUACAAACUCGAUUCUUCAACGGUGAAAGCUUAUGGCAGCCCAGCAGAUCUCGCUGCUGACCCUGAUGUUGAGCUUGUUCUAUGCAACACGCGGGUCGACAAGCAUUACGAGACUAUUCUUCCAAGCAUUCAAGCCGGGAAAUCCGUAUACAUAGAAUGGCCAAUCGCGAGUAAUUUGGCACAUAUUGAAGAACUGGUGGCAACUUAUCGUGCUCGUCGAAAUAUAGAUCAAGUGGCUGCCGUUGGCCUCCAGGGUCGAUUCGCUCCUCCAGUUGUCAAAAUCAAAGAAGUCCUUCAGUCUGGAAAGGUAGGAAAGCUGGUCAGUACCGAAGUGAGGUUUUUCGGAGGGACAAAAGAUCGUCAGACUUUGACCAGUGGAUUGAAAUAUUUUACCCAAAGGGAAAUCGGAGGUAAUGCUAUUACUAUAGGAUUCGGUCAUGUUAUCGAUUAUGUUCAAUCCGUUGUGGGUGAUGUCGUCCCUGGGACAGAUCAUGUGCAUUUCGGGCUCCAGCAUCCAGAGGUUGGUCUCAGAGACCCGGAGAGUGGAAAUAUCAUAGACACUGUUCGAUCAGAUGUCCCGGACUUGCUAAGUCUACAUGGCACGCUCCCAGAGUCCGAUUUUACUUCCCGAAAAGCCAGCCUUGUAGCAUAUUUCGCAAGGGGUCAGCCUUACCCCGGUGACCCCUCACUUACUUGGACAUUGAAUUGCGAGAAAGGAACUAUUAGACUGGUUUCUCCAUCGGGAAUUGCUUUGCAUGCCAACGCGUAUGAAUCGCCGGUCACUAUUUCAGUACAUCAAUAUCAGACGGACAAGGUAGAGCAGGGUGAAUGGUCGUGGUCGGAGGCUCAGCUAGAUGUUCCUAUUCUGUCAAGAUCAGUGCAGACGUGUCUGGUCAGUGUUGCCGAGAAAAACCAGAAAGGAUAUGUUGAUUUGGAAGAUGCAGCGGUGAGAGCCAGACAGAUUUCCAGAUGGCUCGACUCUUUUUCAGCAGAUAUUUGA